UUACAUGUGGAACCGAAUAGGCAGAAUUUUGAGAUUACAACCAAUAGAACUCUGAAGUUAGCAACAAUAGCCAAUCAGCCAGAGACUCUAACGCCCCCGUAGUAAGUGUAGUAGGUUGUCUUGCGCGGUUGCGGGUUGACGGCGGGGAAGCCAUGGAUUCGGGUUAUGGUUAUAGUUCCUGGGGUACUGAAACCACCAGUACUCAAGGUGCAUAUUCUACAAACCUGGCAAGUUGGCAAGGCUAUGAAGGCUAUGAUUAUUACAGUGCCCAAACCAGCAGCUCUGCUACAGCUGCCCCAUACAACUAUGAUGCUGCUACUGUUGCUGCAACUACCUGGGACACGUCUAAAACUACUGACAUGACAAUGAGCGCUGAGAUGGGCACUGGUAUGCCAGUUGUAAAUUACAAUACUGAGGCAACAGGCACAGAAAACUCUGACUCCAUUAUAGCAAAAAUAAAUCAGCGUCUGGAUAUGCUGUCUAAGGAAGGCAGUGGUGGUCCUGGGGAAGGCAUGGAAGAUCAGGGAAGCUCUUUCAGAUUUGAGUCUUUUGAAUCCUAUGACUCUAGAGCCUCAGUGCCUGACCGUGACCUGUACAGAAUCAGCUAUGACUAUAAUGAAGUUGGAUCAGAUCGGAAUGAUUCUUUUGGAAGCCACUAUGAUGUUUCUGGUAACCGCAGAGAUCACGCCCGCAACAGAGGAAACAACUAUGGCUUUGGUAGAGGGAGGGUCCAGAAUCGAGGACAUCUAAACACUUUCAACCAUGACCGCUUCAUGCCAUCAAGUACAGAACGGCUGUCUGCACAAUGGAAUGAGAUGAAUUACAUGGGCGGGAGGAAUAUAGGAGGGCCUGGACCCAACAGGCUUCCAUCACUAUUUUCUCAAGCACUCAUUCCAGAGUAUAGAGAUUAUGGUGAUUAUGGAGAUUACGGAGACUAUGGCAGCUAUGGGGAUUACGAUUAUGGCAUGAUGGGAAUGCAGGAAAUGGGAAGGUUUCCUGGGAACAUGCCCUACAGCUUUGGCAGAUCACGUGGCAGACCCAAGAGGAGACCUUUCUGCAGUCGCCUUAGUGGGCGUUCAGAUAAUGAAGGUGGAUUGCGGAAACGGAAACAGUCCCAAAGUGGAGAUGAACCAGACAGCAAACAGGCAAAGACAGAAAGUGAAAAAGAUGACUCUGACAAUGAUAAUCAUGAAGGUGAGGACAAAUCAGGUGAUGAAGGAGAUAAAGGUGAGCACGAGAGAAGCAAUGAAGCUGUCAAGGAAAAAGCACCUGGUGAUGGCUUUGAUGAGGACGACGAGUCAAAACAAAAAAAAGAGAAACAGAGGCAAAGGGAUCGAAUGCGUGACCGUGCUAUGGACAGAAUCCAGUUUGCUUGCUCUGUAUGUAAAUUCAGAAGCUUUGAUGAUGAAGAAAUGGAGAAGCACCUACAGAGCAAAUUUCACAAAGAGGUCUUGCGAUACAUUGGGACUAAACUGCCUGACAAGACCGUAGAAUUCUUGCAGAAGUAUAUUGUGAACAGAAAUAAGAAAAUUGGGAAGCGCCGACAAGAGCUGACCGAGAAAGAGGGUACAAAACCAAAACCAGAUCCUUUCAAGGGAAUUGGCCAGGAGCACUUUUUUAAGAAGAUAGAAGCAGCUCAUUGUAUGGCUUGUGAUAUGCUAAUUCCUGCACAACAACAUCUUCUCCAGAGACACCUGAGGUCUGUCGAUCACAACAGGAAUCGUAGAAUGGCGGCUGAACAUUUCAAGAAGGCUAGUUUCCAUGUAGCUAAGAGUGUCUUAAAUAGCAAGCACAUUGUGAAAAUGUUAGAAAAGUACCUCAAGGGUGAUGACCCUUUUACAGAUGAAAUCAUUGAUCAAGAUGUCGAAUCUGGAGCUUUAGAGGGAACAGAUGGUGAAAGGGAUACAGAAAGUGCUACUAUAGAGAAAAAAAAGAGUGCUGAGGAUAAGGUUGCAACCAUUGAAAUCUUUGAAACUGCUAAACCGGAAGGGGAUGAGAAAGCUUGCUCUGCUAUAAUGUUUUCUAAAGAUAAAAGCGUAGAGGAGGAGGAGCAGGCAGAAGCGAGAAGUGAGGCAGUAGGAACAACAGAAGAACUGUCUGCCCCUCCUCAAGGAAGUCUUGAAGUGAGAGCAGCAGAAGGCCAAGUGGAGGAGCAACAGCAUUUGGAGAUGAGAGAAGAGAACUCCACUGAAACAGUAACAUGUGAAAACAGUGAUACCAAGGAGGAACCAGUUAUUGUAGCAAGUGCAGAGCUGCCACAGGAAUAACCAACGUAAAUGACUAUACGAAGGUGAUUUUGUCCUGCUUAGCUGAAUAAUUGCUUCCCGGCCCCCAAAUCUUCUGUCAGUGCAGUACAUGUCUGUGCAUUGCUGGAGUGCUAUCAGCUUUGUUCUUGAUUUGAAGAAAGAAAUUCAACUAUUCUGUUAUGGAAGCAGUCUUGUGUUUUAUUGUUAUAGAGCAAAUUGGAAGUUUAUUUCACAUUUUGGUUGGAGAGAGCUCAGAAAGCUGUUCGUUCCCUGAGAAACACUUGAUACCUUCUUCAUUUUAGAAUGAAUAACAGUAUUUGAAAAACAAAAUCAUCAUAACUGAGCUCUUCUCAGCUGUUCAGUUUUCAGUACUGAGGGAAUAUCGCUUAAUUUGGAAAAUAAAUUUACCCUCUUAUUUACGAAGGAGUAGGUGAAUUAAACGUGUAUGUUUGUUCAUAUGAAAACAUUUGCUCAUUUAAAAUUCAGACGAGAAAAGACUUGCUCCCUUGAAGACUGUUGCUUCAUUUAUGCAUUCUACAAUAUUGCAUGAAAAAUAGUAUCUGUAAUUACAUAGUUUUUAAGCACCAAGUUGAUUGUGUAUCACACGGGUUAUUUCUACUGAGUACUAUUUCAGAUUUUCUGGAUAGCAAGCUGCAGUUUAUAUAUUAUGCUGGUAGAAAGGCAUAGCUUGAAACAUUAUACCACCACUGAAACUCCUCUCCCAUAAGUCACAGAAGUAUCAUUUGUGGAGUAAAUUGCCAAAUAUUGUCCUGGGAGUAUUGAAGCAGUACCAAGACAAGCAGAGUAAAAUAAUUGUUAGUGUUAAGGUUGAUGCUUGUAGCUUUUAGAGUGGAAUGGAACACUUUUAUUUUGAAUAAAUCUACAGUCCUUUGUCUUAGCAUUUAAAUAAACGUCUGAAACUUAAAUUAGUAUCUUAUAUUUAGUUGGCUCCAAAACAUGCUCUCUGACAAUGUUAUCACUUUGUUGCUCAUGCUAGAAGAGCCAUCAACUGGCUGUGGUUUGGAAUAUACACUCUGUUCCCACACUUGCUAAUGCCAGAGCUGUUAUACAAAAAAUAAAUUCUGCCGGAUGAGGAAAGAGAUGAAUAAGUAUUGUUUCUAUAUCAAGUGUGUUCAUUGAUCUAGAGCAGCUGUGGGGAACCUUUGGGUUCCUAAAUGUUGCUGAACUACAACUUACAUCAACUCCAGCAACCAUGACCAAUGGCCACGAAUGAUGGCAGUUGUAGUUCAACAUCUGGAGGGCCAAAGAUCCCCCAUGCCUGAGUGAGGGGAUGAACAGUGUUAGUAGUCAAGUUUGCUGCUGAUACCAAAGACAAGUUCCAUGCUUAGGAUCAUUGGGAAAGGGAUUGAAAUAAAACUGCCAAUAUGAUGCUGUGUGUAUAUUUGCGGCUGUUAAAAAAAAAAAAGUCAUAAUUUUAUUGCCUCUAAGGGCCUGGCUGAAUUGUGCUGUAGUAAAAUGAAACAGAUUUGAGUAUCAGUAAAGAAAAGGGAAAACUACAUUAAAAAGAGGGGUGCUAUCCUAGUCAUGGGUAACUGGCUACGAUGAAGCUCAAGCUGCGCUACACAAAUUAUUCAGUAAUGCUGCAUUACUGGCAGCCAAAGAGAUUAAUAACCAAUGUGCCUAGAAAUUCCUGCUAAUGACUUACUCUGUAGGUGUACUCUGUGCUUUAAAAAAAUGUGCCAAGAAAAUCUAAAUUCUGUGGUGUGUAUAUUAUGCAAUUUAAGCAGACUUUGGUAUUUUUGCUUUUUGGCAUAACCUUCUGCUUCUCUUAGUCAUGGGGAGAGCAAAGAACUAUGGAAGCUAUGGAAGCUUUGCCCAAUAGCUGAAAAUCUUAGUCACUUGCCCCAAACAUUUUUCUGUCUUUGCAGCUCAAAGAUAUAGCAGCUUUCUUUUUUGUAAAAAGGGGAGAAAAGCGGAAAAUGGCAAGAAGCAGAAUUUUAUACUUUUUAUACUUUUUCAGUCCUUAAGCAGAAUUGUAUAUGCACAGUGUUGCCCACAAUUUAUCACACAAGCCCUCUGUAGCUUUUUGCUUUGGCGUAUGAUUUUUUAGCAUUUUUCUUUCUAGUCUACCCAGUUAUUGUGAGAUGAGGCAUGUGGCAUGGCCAUAAGGACAGUGCUAGAGGUCACAGUAUCAUAAAAGUCCACAAAGUCCCUGAUAUGGAAUUGCUGAAGGCCAUGAUACUUCCAUAUACAGAGUAACCAUCAAGUUUGGUAAUUUUAGCUACGGUGUUUCUGAGAGAUGUGGAUUU